AUGAUUGACAGUUGGAGGCAUGGCCUGGCCCAGCCUCCUGACGUGGCUGUCCUUCCUACAGUCGAUCCGGAACCAGAUGGCCACCAGCUUGGCGCGCCUGAAGGAGCUAGAGGAGGAGGUGAAGCAGAUCCCCGCGCUGCAGAACCGUGCCAUCCUGGGUGCUCAACAACUCCAUUAGCAAACCUGUGCGGUCCAGCCAACAGCUCACUAACGCACUCAACAUUAUCCAGCGAGAAUGGCUCAAGAACCGUGCCAUCCUGGGUGCUCAACAACUCCAUUAGCAAACCUGUGCGGUCCAGCCAACAGCUCACUAACGCACUCAACAUUAUCCAGCGAGAAUGGCUCAAGGUCCCCAGCCAGGACACUGACCCGCAUACAGUGGAGGAUGACAUGGAAGCCUUCGAGGACUACUCCAAGAACCUCCUGCAGAAAGUGGUGAACCUGGCCAAUGUCAACGUACAUAGGCUGUGGUGGUGGUGGUGGUCAGUAGUGGAACGUUGCAGUCCCUCUUUCACUGUUUUGGGCAACACCGCCGUGCACUACGCCAUCUCCCACAGCAACUUUGACGUGGUGUCCAUGCCGCUGCUCUCCCUGGCUCAGAUCCCAGACCCAGUGUGGUGCAGUACCUCUUCCAGCUUGGUGACCUCAACAUCAAGGCCAGCCAUGUGAGGGACAAUGAGUGGAGGGACUGUACCGGAUGUGUGUUUUGUGACACGUGCGUGUCACUGCUGAGUUCACGCGGCAGGAACCGAGCGCGCUCCCCGUGACACGCACAUGCCAUGGUUAUAAGCUGUGUGUAUUGAGGGCUCUCAAGGCCUUGGUUUCUGGGUUAUUUCUACCCACGUGGUGGCAAGUGUCUGUGUUUACAAACAUAAGGCUGCAGCUAUUCGUGGGACGGUUUGAAAUGUCAUAAACUUUGACCAAUGAGUUAUUGUCAGUGCUGUAAAAUCUAUGAACAUGAAUGUCAUCAUAACUACAAUAUGUAAUGAAUUAAAGCAAUAUUUAUAUGA